AGAGAAAAUGAAGAUUGAUGCAUUGGGUGGAUACAGAAAAGAAAUGGCUAUGUAACUGGUCCUCGAAAGAGAAAGUACAUAAAUUUUAGAUGAUUGGAGAUCAAUUGUAUAAGACUUUUUGACUUUAAAGUUAAGAUGCUGGAUUUAAUGUAUGGGCCAUUGGGAACCUAUGGGGUUUUUUAAGAGGAGGCUAAAAUGAAGAACAUGAAAAAAAAAAAGAAAACCUUUGGUAUGCAGAGUCUAUUGGCAAGUUCCAUUUUCCUUCCUCACAUUCCGGUCAAUGUCUGUUUCUUUAUUCGGCAGGCAUCUGCAUUUGCCACAAUGCUGUCGUCCAGUGACUUUGCGUCUGCUUCCUGGGAGCUCGUGGUCCGAGUUGACCGUCCAAAUGAAGAGGAACAGAGAGACGUCACACUGAGAGUGUCUGGAGACCUGCAUAUUGGUGGAGUGAUGCUCAAGUUAGUAGAACAAAUGAACAUAUCCCAAGACUGGUCAGACUUUGCUCUUUGGUGGGAACAAAAGCAUUGCUGGCUUCUGAAAACCCACUGGACCCUGGACAAAUGUGGAGUCCAGGCAGAUGCAAAGCUUCUCUUCACCCCUCAGCAUAAAACGCUUCGCCUGCGACUGCCAAAUGUGAAGACGGUGAGACUGCGAGUCAGCUUCUCAGCUGUGGUUUUUAAAGCUGUCAGUGAUAUCUGCAGAACGUUGAAUAUUAGAAGACCAGAAGAACUUUCCUUGUUAAAGCCUUCUGGUGAUUAUUUUAAAAAGAAAAAGAAGAAAGACAAAAAUAAUAAGGAGCCCGUAACUGAAGAUAUUUUGAACCUUGAGAGUUCUCCAACAGCUUCAGGUUCACCAGUAAGUCCUGGUUUAUACAGUAAAACCAUGACACCUGUGUAUGAUCCCGUCAGUGGAACACCAGCAUCAUCCACCAUGACUUGGUUCAGUGACAGCCCUUUGACCGAACAAAACUGCAGCGUCCUUGCAUUCAGCCAGCCCACCCAGUCACCAGAAGCACUUGCUGAUAUGUACCAGCCUCGGUCUCUUGUUGAUAAAGCCAAACUAAACGCAGGUUGGCUAGACUCCUCGCGCUCCCUUAUGGAACAAGGGAUCCAGGAGGAUGAGCAGCUGCUGUUACGAUUUAAAUAUUACACUUUCUUUGACUUGAAUCCCAAAUAUGAUGCUGUCCGGAUAAACCAACUCUAUGAACAAGCCAGGUGGGCCAUUCUCUUAGAAGAAAUUGACUGUACGGAGGAAGAAAUGUUGAUCUUUGCAGCACUCCAGUAUCAUAUUAGCAAACUCUCGUUGUCCACUGAAAUACAGGAUUUUACAAAUGAGACUGAGGCUGAUGAAGUAGAAGCAGCACUUUCUAAUUUGGAAGUUACCCUCGAAGGUGGAAAAACAGAUAACACUUUGGAGGACAUUACUGAUAUCCCUAAACUUGCAGAUAAUCUCAAAUUAUUUAGGCCCAAGAAGCUAAUAUUAAAAGCUUUCAAACAGUAUUGGUUUGUCUUUAAAGACACAUCUAUAGCCUACUUUAAAAAUAAGGAACUUGAACAAGGAGAACCAGUAGAAAAACUAAAUCUUAGAGGCUGUGAAGUUGUGCCAGAUGUAAAUGUAGCAGGGAGAAAAUUUGGAAUCAAGUUACUAAUCCCCGUUGCUGAUGGUAUGAAUGAGGUGUAUCUGAAAUGUGACCAUGAGAAUCAAUACGCCCGAUGGAUGGCUGCCUGCAUCUUGGCAUCAAAGGGCAAAACCAUGGCAGACAGCUCCUACCAACCAGAGGUCCUCAGCAUCCUUUCAUUACUGAGAAUGAAAAACCGGAGCUCAGCAUCUCCAACAGCUUCCAGUGUCGAGAGCAUGGACAUGAACCCAGAAUGCUUUGUGUCUCCUCGGUGUGCAAAAAAACACAAAGCUAAACAGUUGGCAGCCCGGAUCUUGGAAGCCCACCAGAACGUGGCCCAGAUGCCCCUAGUCGAAGCCAAGCUGCGGUUCAUCCAGGCAUGGCAGUCUCUACCUGAGUUCGGGCUCACCUACUACCUCGUCAGAUUUAAAGGAAGCAAGAAAGAUGAUAUUCUGGGAGUUUCAUAUAACAGGUUGAUUAGAAUCGACGCAGCCACCGGGAUUCCCAUUACAACAUGGAGAUUCACAAACAUGAAACAGUGGAAUGUAAACUGGGAAAUCCGUCAGGUGGCUAUCGAGUUCGACCAGAAUGUCUCCAUUGCGUUCACCUGCCUGAGUGCAGAUUGCAAGGUCGUGCAUGAGUACAUCGGGGGCUACAUUUUCUUGUCCACCCGAUCCAAGGACCAGAAUGAAACGCUCGAUGAGGAUCUGUUCCACAAAUUGACUGGCGGUCAGGAGUGAAGCAAAGUGGGCCUACCAGGCCUGCACAAAUGGCAAGCAAAGGGUGCUCCUGCCUGGGCAGGUGGGUCCCCCAGCUUGCACGGUGUGUAGAUUCCGGAAUCACAGAUAGUACAUAGUCAUUGCUAGUCACCCAGACCCUCGCCUCAGCUGAAACACACCUAUUAGCACAUCCAUUCCCUUAUUUUGCUUUGUGCUACAA